AUGAGUUUAUAUAGUGGCUUAACACGAGAUGGUCAACGAAUUGUCUUCAAUCCAUCUAAUAUUCAUCGAGAAUCAACUGUAUUAACACCGAUGCUAAUACGUUUUUUUUCAAGAAACGCUCAUGAUAACCAAGAUCAAAAUUUUAAAAAAUUAAAACAAGAAUGUAUAAAAUAUAUUGUAAUGUUAAUGAAAAAUCAUGAUAAAUCCUCCGAAGCAGUUGAUUUAUUAAAAUAUAUUUCUAUGAUUUUACGUCAAUUUUAUUUUCCUAUUGAUGAAAAUGAUCGACGCAUAGAAAAUGAAACAACCAAAUUUAUUUCAACUAAUCUCAGUAAAUUUCAAUAUGUUCAAUCAGCAAGAAUUCAUUGUCUCGAUAUGUUAAAUGCAUUAAUAAGAUGUAAUGAACAUAGUCGAAUGAAUUGGUCAAUAUGA